AUAUGGCUUUCAGAAAAUAUAUUUUAUAUCGUCAUUUGCCAUUAUGUGUGUAUUAAUAAUUGUGUAAAAAUUAAAUUGUUGCGUAUUGAAAGGAAGCGCGUAAAGGUGUAAUAUUGUAAAAUUAGUUUUAAAUAAUUACAGUGUCCUGUUUUUUUCGAACAAAAACAAACGAUAUGUUGCCUGUCAAAUCAGGUGAAUUUUUCGCAUGUAAUUUAUGACAAGUGUGUGACUUAUCAAAACAUUAAUAUGUAAUUUAAUAAAUCAUCAAAGUGUAAAGAACAAUUGUGUGAUAUUUAAUAUUAAGUUAUGGGCGCUAAACCGAGUACAGCAAACGGGGCUCAAAGUCCUCGUACAAGAGCUUUUUCGACGAGCAGCAGCUCCGAGGUGGUCACAGCUCCCGGAUUUCGAUUUAUGCGGUCCUUGGGAAUGGAUAUGUCCAACGAUCGUCAAAGAGCUCGUUCUCUUUCAAGUGUUCCAGACCUACAUGCUAGCCACGAGGCUAUAUCCAUACCGGCGACUGGUGCCAGUUUUGACGUCUCAACGGGCGCCAGUCCGGAGACUGACAGCAGUUCUGCAGAAGAAGCUGGCAGUAUUUUGGGUUCUGCAGCAGCAAAUAUCGCCCUUGGGCGAGUCUAUGCUGCUCAUUCGUUACCUUCUCAUAUAUGGUCUCUGAAUGAUAACAUGGGGCAAAGUGUAUCGACGAACCAUUCCAAUAUUCACUCCACAAGCUCAAAUAAAAAGAAAGGAAUUAAAUGUCCAGUAUGCAGUAAAUUUGUAAUUCCUGAUGACAUAGAAUGUCACUUGGUAAUGUGCCUCACGAAACCUCGGCUUUCCUACAACGAAGACGUAUUGACUGAUGAUAAAGGGGAAGAAUGUGUAAUAUGCUUAGAAGAAUUAAGUCAGGGGGAUGUCAUAGCUCGCCUUCCUUGCCUCUGUAUAUACCACAAGACAUGUAUAGAUCAAUGGUUUGAAGUAAAUCGAUCUUGUCCAGAGCAUCCUGGUGAUUAGCAUAAUUCCUAGGAGUAUUGUGUAUAUAUGUAAAUAUUUUAUUGAAACGAACUCUAAAACAAUUUUAAUACUGGAGUUGUGUAUAUUCUAGGGAUUUAAAGUGAAAUAGUUACCUAAUAUUAAUACCGUUUAUAAGAAGUUUUACAUACACUAGUUUUUAUUUGAUUUUCUGCAAGAUUUUAAAGAAAUACAUACAUAACGCAUAAGUAUUUAUAAAGAUCAGCGCUGUAACUAAGUUGACAUAUCAAUUUGGUUAGAGUUCAACAUAAUUAGCUUUUCUAGAAGUUUGUACAAGAUAACUUAUUUGAUACUGAGAACCGUUGAAUGGAUAUUCCCUUAAAAUGCUUUCGUUAUUCCAAAUUUUAUUUUCAUAGCUGAAAUUUCGUUUCAUUCUAGGUUUUGAUCUGAAUAUAUUUUAUAAUGGAAAGAAAUCGUUUUUAAAAAUAUAUAUUUUUGAUACUUUCAUACGGCAACUACAAUUCCUGAUUUGUUGUUGAAUCAUUUUCUGUCUGACGGGAAAUUGUGUUAAAACUGAUAUUGUUAAAACCAAGUCGACGUUAAAGGUCUUCGUAUUGGUGCGGGGCAGGGAAAAUGGAGUUCUUACUGCCGUACGGGGCAAUCGAUACUAAAUACUUCGUGUUUUAUAUGUGGUUUAAUUCAAAGUCAUUUGAUAUACAAAAACUAGUUUUUAGGCAGCAUUUUCUUAGAAGUAGCAAUAUUUUUUAACAUCACAUGUGUAUUUAUUUACGUUUUUCUAUUCGGUUGUGUUUAUUAUUUAGUUGUUUACGCAGAUAUAACGAACGACUUUGAUUUAAAAUAGAAUACAUCUGUCGGUUUAAAAUGUAACUGCUAUUAAAUCGGGGUGGAGUUAACUCGAUAUAGCUAACAUAUGCCUAAUUAAUGAUUGCUUUAAAGCAUCAGAUUACUUUCAGACACAAAAUGUAAACAUACAUACUAAUUUGUCCGUUUAUAUAGGGGUGUUGAAUAAGUUCUCGCUGUUUUCUCGUGAAAAUGCAUAAAAAGAUAAUUAGUAAAAAACAUGUCACUGAAAAGUAUUGUUCAUCGAUAGCCACUACUUUUUCCCAUUUUUCUGGCAGCAUUUUAAUUCCAUGUCCGAAAAACGACACGUCUUUUGAGGCUAUCCAAUAGUCGACCAAUUUUUUGGCAUCUUCAUAAAACUGCUACUUAGCUAGGCCAUGUGCGAUUGAUCAGAACAAGUGAUAAUCGGAAAGGGCAAUAUCCGAUGUAGGUUUUCACUGGUUCAUGUGGCCAAGCCUUGUCCAAGCAUAAUCACUUUGUCGAGCCUCUGCUCGUAUAGUGGCCAUUUUUCUUUCAAUGCUCGUCUCAAACGCAUCAAUUGUAAUAAACUAUACUCAGCAGAUCUCGUCAAAUGUAGAGCAGAAACGUGAGAUCAUCGAUAUUCGGUUUCGCCGAUGAUGUGGACGGAUGGCCGGGCUAGCCCCACAAUUUUCCAUGCUUAAGAUUAUCAUAUCUGUUUUUCAUCGCCAGUUAUGAUAUGACGCAAAAAACCUUUGAAUCAUUCUUAACGCUUUCAAACGUUUUGAAACUGUUGUGUAAUCACCUCCGAAUGUUUCUGUAAGUUCAGCUAAUGUCUGAUAUAAGUCUUCUUGAAGUAAUGCCGCCAAUUCUUCAAACUGUUUUGGUGCGCCAGAGAGAUGGCCACUUUUUGGAAAAGUGUGGUACGGACAUGUACGUUGGACAUGUCGACGAAAUGUCCGGACAUGUCGGGAAAAGUACUUUUGACCUUGAAUCUAAUAAGGCACCUACGAGUGACGUCAUGUUUUCACAGGUCACUGUUUGAGGGUACACUGUGUCUUAUUAAAUGUUAUUUAUUAUAUUUUUGAUUAAUUUUUCAUUACAAUAUAAAACAUAAAAUUAUGUAAAA